CUCAGUCGGUGUUGAGAAAGCAGCGAGAGCAACUGCGAGUGUUGGUGUUUACCUGACAGGAUACAGACACAUUUUUCCUGCCUGAACGCCGUGGAUUAUAUCCAGUUUCGACUAUUAAUCUGCAAAAGGUUGUCUUCAGGGUCCAGCCAUGGGUAUGAGCGGGACGGCGUGGAGAGGAGAGGGGGAUUUAAAUUUCUCUUUCGUCCCAAACAGCCUCUUUUGAUUUGAAGUAAACGGUGCACCGCAGCAGGAUCCAGCUGUGCUUCCUUUCUCGUUUGGCUCAGACUAAAGUAGUUCUUCGUCGAUUCCAGAGUAGAAAACACUACACUUUGAAAGUUUUUUUUCGGUUUUUUUUGGACGGAGUUUUUUGGGCUUUCCUAGAGAGCGGAGGUGACCUGAAAGCGGCUCACGGAGUCGGCACUGCCCGCUGGAGUCUCCUGAAAAUGGAGGCUGUCGAGAAGGAAUGCAGCGCACUUGGAGGACUCUUCCAAACUCUUAUCGGAGACAUGAAAAGCAGCUACCCUAUCUGGGAGGACUUUACCACCAAGGCUGGCAAACUGCAGUCACAGCUCAGGGCGACUGUAGUUGCUGUGGCUGCUUUCCUGGAUGCCUUUCAGAAAGUGGCCGACCUGGCUACCAACUCACGAGGUGGGACCAGGGACAUUGGAUCAGCGUUGACCAGAAUGUGUAUGAGACAUCGCAGCAUAGAGGCUAAACUCAAACAGUUCUCCAUGGUCUUCCUUGAGGGUCUGAUCAAUCCUCUACAAGAACAGGUGGAGGAUUGGAAGAGAGGAGUCAACACUUUGGACAAGGACCAUGCUAAAGAGUAUAAAAGAGCCCGACAGGAAAUAAAGAAGAAGUCCUCAGACACCCUGAAACUUCAAAAGAAAGCAAAGAAAGGUCGAGGUGAUAUCCAGCCCCAGUUGGACAGCGCCAUGCAGGAUGUCAGUGAUAAAUACAUCCUGCUGGAAGAGACGGAGAAGCAGGCCCUGAGGAAGGCUCUUAUAGAGGACAGGCAGAGAUUCUGCUGUUUUGUAGCCAUGCUGCAGCCUGUAGUGGAUGAGGAGAUUUCUAUGUUGGGAGAGGUCACCCACCUCCAGACCAUAUCUGAUGACCUCAAAGCCUUGACUUCUGACCCACACAAGCUUCCUCCUGCCAGUGAACAGGUGAUUACGGACCUGAAGGGCUCAGACUAUGGUUGGUCUUACCAAACGCCACCCUCAUCUCCCAGCACCACCAUGUCCAGGAAGUCCAGCAUGUGCAGUAGUCUGAACAGCGUUAACAGUAGUGACUCCAGGGGAUCCAGUGGCUCCCACUCUCAUUCUCCUUCCUCCUCUUCUUCCUCCUCUUCCUCACACCACCUCUUCCACCACCAUCCCCCUCGCCAUCGGUACCGCAGCUCUACCCUACCCCAGCAGACCCCAGCUCGGCUCUCUAGCAUCUCCUCCCACGACUCAGGCUUCAUUUCGUCAUCACAGGACCAAUACACAUCGUGCAAAUCAUCAUUGCCAAUGCCAGCUGAAACAAAGCCUUGUCCCAGUUCCAGGUCCUCUGAGGUGUCAGAGACUGGGCAGCCUCACAGUGACUGCAGCUCCCCCUCUCCUCUAGCUGCUGCUACUGCACCUCAGCACACUACUGACCAGCUGUCCAAUGGUUUUGACCACUACAGUCCGGCAAACUCCCCUUACCUGCAUAGCAAUGGGGGGAGUUUGGGCUCAGGAUCAGGCACCGCCUUCCCUUUUUUCCCUCCUUCCUCCUCAUCCUCCACCUCCACCUCCUGCCCCACUCGCUCAUGGUCACGUCCCGCCUCAGCUUUACUGCCAGACUACCCUCACUACGGCACAAUGGGCUCCCCCAUGGUGCCUUCAUCAAGGGUCCCCAGCUGGAAGGACUGGGCUAAGCCAGGCCCCUAUGAUCAGCCAAUGGUUAACACACUGAGGAGGAAGAAAGACAAGGAGGCCCCAGCUGUAGUAGACAGUAAUGGUGGUAUGAGUAAUGGUAACAUCCCAGGGUCUACAGCACCAGCCUCAGCGGCUCUUCAAACGUCUGCAUCAGUGGAGGAGAAGAACAGGAUCGUGGCUGCACCUAUCAAGGCUGGGGAUAUUGACGCCCAUGAGGAACUGGCUCUGGCUUUAACCAGAGGUCUGGAGCUGGACACUCAGAGAUCCAGCAGAGACUCCAUCCAGUGUUCAAGUGGCUACAGUACACAGACCAACACACCCUGCUGCUCAGAGGACACAAUACCUUCACAAGUAUCAGACUAUGACUACUUCUCCAUGGCGGGGGAUCAGGAGCCUGAGCAGCAGCAGUCAGACUUUGAUAAGUCCUCCACCAUCCCCAGAAACAGUGACAUCAGUCAGUCUUACAGACUAAUGUUUCAGAGCAAACGGCCGGCCUCCACAGCCGGCCUGCCCAGCACGCAGGCUCCUUACCCAGGUCAGGGAGCCUACCCUGCAGGGCCCUAUCCCUCCACACCCAUCCACGGUGGGCCUUAUCCUACUACCCCUACAGGCUCAAAUUCAGGUCAGGCAUUUUAUUCUGGAUCCCACAAUGCCCCUGGCUCCUAUUCUUCAGGCCAUGGUCCAGUGAUUGUCACUCCUGGAGUUGCCACAAUCCGCCGUACCCCCUCCUCAAAACCCUCCGCCCGCCGCUCAGGUUCAAUAGUGGGCACUGGCCCCAUCCCUAUUCGUACUCCUGUUAUCCCAGUAAAAAUCCCCACAGUGCCCGACUUGCCUGGAGUGGUAAAUGGGAGCAGGAGUGCGGAGGAGACCAGAGGUGGAGAUGAAAGCCCAGAUUCUCCAACAUAUGCAGGAGGUGGGGAUGCCAGUACGCUGCCUAUGAUGUCCUGGAGUGGUCAGGCUACCACCAAUCCUCCCAGUGUACCCCAGCACCUGCAGAGGGAGCCAGGGCAGGACGGAGGAGAAGAGGACCACCAGGGAGGAGAAGGGUCAGAGGGCAACAUGCUAGUGGCCAUCCGCAAGGGGGUCAAGCUUAAAAGAACCCUCACCAACGACCGCUCAGCACCACGUAUCCCAUGAUCACAUGACACAAGAAACAUGUGAUCUUGCGUCAAAGAGGAGUGCGGCUCUCCCUUUGGUCAAAGGCUUUAGACAAAAUGCUGCUGAUAGAAAUGUGUUGUACAGAAUCAAAAAAAGUCUUUAUGCUAGUAAGAGAAAUCAAACACAUUUGUUAUACAUAAAGCAUAACCUCCUUCUGUUUGAAUUCCCCAUCUUUAAUGAUUCAGAAGAAAGAUGCAUACAGAAAGUCUCUUGUUCUGGUUCAGGUAUCAUUUGGGUUUUAAUGAGGUAGAAAAUGUGUAAAGCGAGGUUGUUAAACAUAUAGCUUUGGACCUGAAGUGGAUCACACGCCUUUACAAUAUUAAGACCUAAGCCUAAGGUGGUGAUGCAAAUCCGAGCCCACAGGUGUGUUAUGAAAUACAAACGGAUGCUUUUUUGUUUGCAAAUAACCAGAGGAACAAAAUCAGCAUUACACUCGAGGACAGGAAAGAUUAAUUUCACACAUUUUGUUUCCAGUGUUUUCCCUGAAGCAGAGGGUUGGACCGUGUCAAUGCCUCUUCUCAGUGUAAAUAAACAGUGUGUAUCAUAUGUAAACACUCAUUGCGUAGGGAGUGCAGUGUACUACCGUGGGACAAAAAAAGCAUUCCAUCUGCCGAGUGGCUUGGCAGAAGGGGUGCAACGAGAAAUUCAAGUACCACGCAGUGCCAAGAGAGCAAUAAUAAGGUGCACUAUAAAGUACUGGCUCCAAUGUCUUUGCAUUGCACCAUUUGGCAUCCCCUGAGCAGUAUGGACUGCUCACUUCGAGGGACGCCCUGAAGGCUGCAGGAGGGAGCUGUGUUGUCAAAGCCGUCUUCCACUAACAGUUCAAAUAUGUAAGAUUUCCACAGAACCAAUCUUAACACAGAAAGCUCCUCACUAAGCUACCGACGGUAACGACGGGACUUUGUGUUAAAGUCAAAGUGUGCGAGACAACAGUGUGACCUGAACGUCACAUUGUCGAUGCCCUGACAUUCAGACACUUUAAUUUGCGUCCUGUUUUGUUGAAUUUGUUUUAAGUAUUUACAUGAUUUGUAAAUAAUUUUGCAUGUCAAGGAUUGUGUUUGUGCUUCUCACUUUCUGUGUCUAUGCUGUUUAUCGCUCUUCUCCACAGUCACGAUCAUUUAGUCUCACAUCUUGAAGCAAGAUUUUAUAGAAUAAUCAUCAAAGCCCUUUGCCAGAAUUUGGUUUUAUGUUGCAUGUUUUCCCAGUGUUUAUUUUAUUAAAUCCGCAGUAUCUACUGGCUUGAGCUUUGUAGAACUCUUCAGUAGUUUGUGUUUCUAUAUAAGCCCUAACAUAUAUAUAUAUAUAUCCCCUUUUUGUGUAGCAGCAUUUAUUAGCCAUACUGCAAACUGCUGUGCGAUCAUAACGAAUAUGAUUACUAAUGAAUGUCAAAGUUCAGACGCGCAUAUCAAAACUCAACAUUUAAUGUACUAAUAUUAAUUAAGGUUCUAUAAAACUUCAUGAGUCAAAUAUUUUUGCCGGAUUUGAACCUCAUCAGUAGGGUGCUAUGAUUUGUUAUGUGACAUACUGUUUUUCUUACUGUUAUGUGACAUGUUAGCCUGCAUGCUCCGCCCAUUUGAUUCAUUUGGUUUUAACGUGUCAUCUACAAUUUUCUUCAACACUACACAUAUUAAAAUCUUUAUUACAAUUAAGUAAAAACAUCAACAUAUGUACAUUUGAAUGUUUUCCGUUAUAUUUCGGAUGAUAUGGCUUUAAGAGGACCUUUCCCUCAAACUGCAGCAUUUUAAGACUAAAGCAUUUAGUGUCCGUGAGAUAUAUUUUCAUUUCUGUUUAGGCACUGUGAGAACACGGCUACUACAACAACAACAUAUAUAAAAACUGUAAAUGUUACAUAGCUGUAUAAGUUUAUCCAGAAAGUCACACUUUUUUUUAAUUUAUUUUCUUCUUCUCAUUCUUAAAAUCUAUUUUUAGUUCUUAACCUGUCUAUUUUUUAUACUUGUAUGAAGUAUCAGAGUAAUUAGUUGUUUUAUCUAUCAGUGCAUGUGAAGUGAAAUAUUCUUCGCUUUCGAUAGACUUCAUUAUGUCCCUUAUUUCAAACACACAUAAAGUGCAUACACUGCAUUGUUGUAAUCAAGUUAAGUAGGUUUAUUCCUUUGACUGCCAGGUCAAAGUUAGGUUAUAUAAUGGAGAGGUUUGCAUCAGUAUUAUGAGUUCAGAUUUGGGGGGAAAUGGUAUACGAGUCCAGAAUGGUUUCACUUUAGUUAACACAGUGCAAUCUCUACACAAUAGGUAUUCUUGAAUCAGAUUUUUAUUGUUGGUUUCAGUGAAUACUUUAUGUGUUCGGUGUGUUUUGGAUCAACUGAGUGGAAAGAUGACUGACAGCAUGCCUCGCUAUGAUUCUUGAUGGAACAGACUGCAAUCUUUUCCUGGGGAUGAUUAGAACUUAAAUGUUUGUAUCUCAGUUAUUUACAUCUGGUAAAUAAGGUACAUUGUUGGUCAACAGUUCUUUUAGUAGGCCUCUUGUUCAAUUAGAUUCAAACAAAUAGCACGCUGGUCUUUUGGUAAAAUCUGACCUGAGUUUCCCACAGACAUCAACUUAUUUUCUACAUCUUUAUCAGGUUUCUUAUGUAUUAAACGUAAUUGAAAAGUACAAUAGUUGAUGACUCAACUCUUUGUCUGAAUUAAACCCAGACUGUAAAGUGGGUGCAGUCAAAUCGAACCAAUUGCAUACAGAUACUCCGUACGGUGUAAUGUAGACUGUGCUAAAUCAUAUAACGAUACAGAUGUUUGUGAAACUUGGCUUUCAGUUUGGAAUAUUGUUAGUAAUGUUAAUUUUAUGUAUUUUGUUUUUGUUUUCUGGCCGUCCUCAUGUCUAAAACCUGUAAUGUAAACUUGUAAGUUCCAUAUUUAAAUUGCUAGCAUAAAUAUAUAUUAUAUCAGAGUUGCCAAAUGUCAGUAUAUCCUAAAAUAAGAAGUUUAUAGUUUGUGAGGGUUUCAAAGUAAAGUUUGACCUGGUUUAGUUAUUUUUUUUCCCCCCUGUAGAGAACAUUUUAGUUGUUCUUUUAGAGGAGAGUUGACCUCUCUGUCUGUCCGUGUACAGUUCAAAAGCCUAUGAUGCAGUUUGUUUCAGCAGGUAAAGAUUGUUAUUUUUUGUGUAAUGACAGCUUUCGCAAUAUAAUAAAAAAUAUAAAUUUUA